AAUUCCUAAUCUCAAAUCAGAAAAUAUUGAUGAGAUAAAAACUUAAAUUAUGGUAAUAACUGGGUAUCCUAAAUAACAAUGUCGCGUAACGAAGAAGGGUUUUUCGAUAGUGUUCAAAAUCUAUUAAAACAGGACUAUCGCGGAGUGAAUAUAGCUGUUUAUGCUCUCGCGACAGCCGGCUUAGCAGUGUCGAUACAUAAAAUACGUCCGGUUAGCAAGUUCUCAAAACCGAGUACAGUUCCUGAACACUUUAUAAGAAAUCAUGAGACUCUGAGAGGUACUUAUGCGGGUGUGCAGCACUCGCCCCUCCGUGUUUUAGUGGACCAUAGAGCUCCUAUUUACCUACCUCUGUGGCACUCUGCUAAACCUCCUCUUCCAGUGAAGCUAUGGGGAGUAGAAGUAGUAAGUGGAAAUGCUGUAAACUGGUUGGAAUGUGUGGGCAAAGGUCACCAAGUGACUAUGAAACUUGUCACAAGAGAAAAUGAUGAGCUGGUAUCCAGUGUGUCAUUGCAUUUACCUCAACCACGGAAAAAAACUGUGGAGACUCUUGAUAUUGCUGAAAGGCUCGUAGAGCUUGGUUUUGCUAAAGCAUCAGUUCCCAGCAAUAUCCAGAAAAAAACAAUUGAAUCAAAGUUGGCUCCAGCUUUGAUAUCUGCUGAAGCCCGUGCCAAGGACUAUAGGAACGGUAUUUGGUCUGACUGUCUACCACCUCUACCUUUUUAUGUUGUCUACUGGAGAAAAGGAUCACAGAAAGGUGCAGAAUUACUCAUCUUCACAUCGAAAAUGUUGUUCAAACUAAUAGCAAGUGGGACUAAAGGAAUCUUUGGAGGAGCAAAGAAGUUGGCUCUCAGACCCUUCAAAUCGUCUAAGCAAGUACAAACUACAUGAAGGCAUUUAUGAAAUUUAUUACAAAUCUGGUUAGUUUGUACGGAAUGCAUUACAUAAAGGUAAUUAUUUACGUACACAGAGACUAGAGCUGGUAUCUUCCAUUUAUAAAAUGAGUCCAAAAUAUUCAUCUCUUUUGUAUAUAACGUUGGCAAUAAAUUGUUACAAAAAUUA